AUGGCCUGUGUUGCCUUAUCUUCGCUGAUGCGAACAAUAGAGUUGGACUUGCUGAACCCGGGACGAAGUGCGAUAGUUGAGGAUGAAGAACAGGUGAAAUAUCUCUACCAAAGUCUUGGCUUUUUCAAAGAAUUCUUGGACAAGUCCAAGGAUAACGUUGCAGCCAAAAAUCUGGAACCUAAAAUCAAAGGUUCAGUGUUCCAAAUAGAAGACAGAAUCGAAAAGAAACUUGAAACUAUAUACGGAGAAACAUACAGUGAUCCGCAACGACAAAAAGUUCAGAGAAGACUCUCCUCGACCUUAAAACAAGCAAUAAGGGACACUGAUGAUUUGAAGGUCGAAAUUAGGAGGAUACUGUACAGCCCUGUCCAAGAUUUUCCAAGUGCAGAUCCUCAAGCUUCGUGUGGUGGAUCAUCAGAACACGCCGCAGCUUCAGACGUUAUGGAAGGACGUGGCCGGAAAUUUAAAGAGAUAAGGGACCAACUCAUCCGCAAGGGCUCAUCAGGACGAGAAGUAAUUUCGAUUGUCGGGAUGGGAGGUAUUGGGAAGACAACUUUAGCAAGAAGGUUGUAUGAAGAUCCAUUGGUUUUGUCACAUUUUGACAUUCUUGGGUGGACUGUUGUUUCCCAAAAACAUGAUGUGCGAAGGAUGUUACUUGACCUCAUUAACAAUGAAGCAGCAAAGAUUGAUGAAGUAACAGAUAGUGACCUGGCAGAAAAACUACAGAAAUGUUUAAGGGGCCAGAGGUAUCUAAUUGUUUUGGAUGACAUAUGGAGCACCAGUUGUUGGGAAGGUAUCCAGUUGUGUUUUCCUGAUGACAACUGUGGGAGUCGAAUAUUGUUGACCACUCGACACAAAGAAGUUGCUGAUUCUGCUAAUGAUUCAGGUAACCGUCUUCAUACCUUGGGUUUUCUAAAUCAAGAAGACAGUUGGAAUUUAUUUUGCAAAAGCUUUCCUGGAAUACAAAGUUUUCCAUUUGAACUUAAAACAAUCGGGAGGCAGGUUGUUGAUAAAUGCCACGGGUUACCACUGGCGAUUGUUGUAGUUGCAGGAGUUCUGUCCAAACUGAGCCAAACCGUUGAGGAAUGGCAAGUUUUUGAAAACCAAACAAAUUCACUAGUUGUAACUACAGAUCUUAGUGAGCAGUGUUCAAGAAUACUCACCCUGAGUUACAACUACUUACCACUGCAUUUGAAAGCUUGCUUUUUAUAUUUGAGCACUGUCCCACAAGACAAAGCAAUUAUAGUCAAAAGACUUGUAAGGCUAUGGAUUGCAGAGGGGUUCGUGGAGUUAAUAAACAGUGAGAACCUUGAAGAGGUGGCUCAUGGGUAUCUACAGGAUCUUGUUGAUAGGAGCUUAAUCCUAAUUAAUAACCGGCAUUUCAAUGGCGAAAUCAAGACAUGUAGGAUGCACGACAUGGUACAUGAGUUUUGUGUGAGGGAGGCAAUAAAAGAGAAGCUGCUGAAUGUUGAAAACGAACAACAUCCCUACGGCGAACUGCAACAAGAAGGAUGUCGUUGGUUAAAUUUCUGGCCAAAGAAGAUCCUACGACGUGAUGGUCUCCGAGACUUGGAUAAUAUCUAUGUACCUCGCUCUAUUUUGUAUUGGCAGCAUACAAGUUAUGCAUCAUCAGAAGUUAUUGAGCCAGAUGAUGACCUAAGAAGGGGUUUAUUGUUAAGAGUUUUGGAAUUUAGUCCUCCAAUCACCUCCAGCUCAUCCUUAAAUUAUAUCUCUCUUCUGAGAUAUCUUGGUAUAUGUCUGGGCGAUUCAUCUCUUCUGAGAUAUCUUGGUGUAUGUCUGGGCGAUUCGUCUCUUCCACUUGGGUAUCUCUUGCAUUUGCUGUCUCGUAGUCAGAAUUUGCAGACUCUUAUUGUGUCACACAAGCCAAGCAGCAUCAAUGAUGGGCUUAGUUCUUGCCAUUAUUUGUCAUCUGAAAUGUGGGCAUCGCAGGAGCUAAGUCAUGUUGAGUGCAGCUAUUUGAUUUCACUUGAUCCUCCAAAUGAGGUUAAGGAGAAGCUGCACACGCUUUAUUGUGGUGACGACGACCAUCCAGAAGUUGGUCUCAACAACAUCUUGGAAAAUCUUCACCAUCUAAAUCAGCUUGAGACACUAAAGAUUACAGCAGCAAUUAAUCAAAACAUAUGCCUCAGGAAUCCACAAGCCUUUCCGCAGAACCUCAAGGAACUCACAUUAUUUCACACUCGUCUGCGAUGGAAACAUAUAAACAUCAUUGGCAACAUGCCUAGCCUUCAAGUGCUCAAACUGAAACGUGAAGCCGUCUGCGGCAAGACAUGGGAACCAAGCGACGGGGGUUUUCGUCAGUUGAAGUUUUUGCUGAUUGACUACUGCGACCAAUUCCAGUACUGGGAAGCCACUCCUGACCAUUACCCUGUCCUUGAGCGCCUAGUCAUGCGUAACUGCCGCUUGAAAGAAAUUCCUAAUAGCUUUGAAGAUAUGAUCACUUUGUGUUUAAUUGAGAUUAGCAAUUGCACUACUUCUCUUUUGAAUUCUGCCCACCAAAUUCAAAAAGCACAACAAGAUCUUGGAAAUUACCAGCUCGUUGUUCGCGAUGUUACACCGUUCUCGGGGAUAGGCCUAGGCCUAGGCCUAGGAAUGCUAGUACUGUCAGCGCCAAUACUAGUGCCUGCAUUAGCCAUGGUUGCAUUAUGUCAAAUUAUGUAG